AUGAGGCUGUCAACGUCACGCAAGGCUGCGCUCUCUGCGCUGGCUGUAGCGCUCGCCUCGCCAUUGCAGGCUGCCGCCUGGUACCUUCCAGGCAGCGCUCCGCACUCCUACAAGCAGGGCGACAACGUCCCCUUCGCCGUCAACGCAUUGCAGGCCAAGGCGUUCACAUCACAGAUCAAGGGCGUCAUCAAGUACGAUUACUACCACCCGGGCUUCCAAUUCUGCGUGCCCGAGGGCGGGCCGCAGGCGCAGAGCGAAAACCUCGGCAGUGUCCUCUUUGGCGACCGCAUCUACAGUAGCCCCGUCAAGGCCGCCAUGCUGGAGGAUCAGGUCUGCAAAGAGAUGUGCCGUAAGGAGGUCACCACCGAAAACGCGGACUUCAUCAACGACAGGAUCAGGGAGGAGUACGCUGUCAACUGGAUGGUCGAUGGUCUGCCGGUGGCGGAAGCGCGCAGGGAGGUCAAGACCCGUGAGGAGUUCCUCUCGCUCGGCUUCGCACUAGGAAGCACCGAAGACGAGCACUCCCGACCCUACGACCCACCCGCAUUGCACAAUCACUACGACAUCUACAUCGACUACCACCAGCGCGGGCCCAACGAGUACCGCGUCGUCGGCGCACGAAUCUACCCACUCUCGAAAGCCUCGCUUCGAGGCGUCGCCAUCGGGAUGACUCCCAACUGCAACGCUGCGGAUCCGGUUCAGCUCAGCAACCAGACCGCGACCAACGUAGCCUACACCUACAGCAUCCGAUGGCGCGAGUCCUCCACCCCCUGGGCCACUCGCUGGGACGCCUACCUCAAAGUGUUCGACCCCAGGAUACACUGGCUCGCGCUCAUCAACUCGGUCGUCAUCGUCAGCUUCCUCUGCAUGAUGGUGGGCAUCGUCGUCGCCCGCUCCAUCAGUCGCGACAUUUACCGCUACAACGCCAUCGACAUGAACGAGGACGUCCAAGAAGAUUUCGGCUGGAAGCUCGUCCACGGCGAAGUAUUUCGUCCACCCAACCGGUCCAUGCUUCUGUCGAUCUUUGUUGGGUCUGGCUCGCAGCUCGUUGCUAUGGCCGCGGUGACGCUGAUAUUUGCCCUGCUGGGCUUCCUGAGUCCGUCGAACCGCGGUUCGCUCGCCACCGUCAUGAUCGUCACCUGGACGCUCUUCGGUAGCAUCGCCGGCUUCAUGUCGAGCAAAGUCUACGCCAGCCUUGGCGGCGAGUACAUCAAGCAGAACGCCAUCCUCACCGCGAUGCUCUUCCCGAGUCUCGUCUUUUCCAUGGUGUUGAUGCUCAACUUCUUCCUCAUCUUCAGCGGUUCUUCUGGCGCAGUACCGUUCGGGACGCUGCUAGCGCUGGUGAGCCUGUGGUUCCUGAUCAACGUGCCGCUCACCGUGAUCGGCGCGACACUGGGCGUUCGUUCCGGCACCUUCACCCAUCCGGUCAAAGUCAACUCGAUCCCACGUCAAAUCCCGCAUCAACAAACAUGGUAUCUCCAACCCCUGCCGUCCGCCUUGAUCGCCGGAAUGCUCAUUUUUGCUUCCGCGUUCCUCGAGGUGCUCUUCAUCCUCAACUCUAUGUUCGGCACCAAGUUCUACGUCGCCUUUGGCUUCCUAGCGUUUGCGUUUAUCAUCACGGCGAUUACGGCUGCAACGGUGACGAUCCUGUUCGCCUACUUCCACCUGUGCGCCGAAGACUACAGGUGGCAUUGGAGAGCCUUCAUGACCGGAGGAUCGGGCGCCGUGUGGUUCUUUGCGUAUGGGCUGUUCUUCUGGGCAACGAGAUUGGAGUUGCCAGGUUUGGCGAACAAGGUGCUGUUCCUGGGGUAUCUGGCGAUUCUCAGUCUGCUGUUCUUUACACUGUUCGGUGCGGUAGGGUUUCUGGCGACGUAUGCGUCGUUGAGGAAGAUCUAUUCGGCCAUUCGCGUGGACUAG